AUGUUAUUACCAAUAACUAUCAUAAUUCCCCUAUUUUUAUUAGUUAUUACAAAUACAAAAUCAUUUAAAGUUUUAUCCAAUGGUUCAGUACAUAUUCCAUCACUGGAAAGGCAUAGAAUCAAGAUAAUCAAACCAUCAUUAGAUAAUUUGACACACAAAGAAGAUUUAAAACAACUAGUGAAUCAACAUGCUGAAAAUGGAUUAGAUAUUUUGAUACAUGGGCCACCGGGACUUGGCAAAACCUACAGUAUGUUGACCUAUGCUUGCGAAAUCACUAGGAGUGUAAAGAAUGUCAAGGCAAAUGUGCCCUUUCGAACUCUAUACAUUUCUCACUCCAGAGAACUUUCCAUACAAUCUGCUGAAUUUACAUCUUGUUUAUUGAAUAGACAGAAGGUAUCGUUGUUGAUUGGGAAGGCCUGCAAAACUGAUUUAAUAUCUCUCAAAAAAAGAUUCAUUCUAGCUACUAGCAAUGCAUUAGCAGAGUACUUAUUGUUACUAGACUCAGACGAUCGUAAAUUGUUUCUAGAAUCAAUUAAAUUGUUAUUGAUAGAUGAAAUUGAUGCAUUAUUCAAGUUGCCAAAUAAAUACAACCAGAAAAAAAUAGAACUUUGGUCUAGGAAAAAGACGCAGUUUUACAACAUUUUACAGGCAAUUUUAGCAGUUAACAAGAAUAAAACACAAAUUAUUGCUGCCUCUGCUACAUUAAACAGGACACUUAGUAGAACACUAGAUAGUAUAAUUCAUACUUUUAAAAAAGGCAAAAAAACUGGAAACAUGGUCUAUAUCCGCGUGGAACAGGAAUUAGAAAAAUCGGAAACAACUUCUGGCAAUGUACAAUUAUAUUACCACGUUUGUGAUAACUUUGACGAUGAAAUUGAUUAUUUGUCUAAAAUAGUCACUAAUGAAACUCUUAUCUUCGCUAAUCACAACUAUUCACUCAUUAAAAUUCGAGAAUCGCUAUUAAGUUAUGGAAUAGAGUCAACACUACUACAUGAAUCCAUGGGGAUUAAAGAUAAAAAUAUGUUGACGAUGGAUAAAAUACUCGAUACAUAUAAAGCCAAUAAAAUCCAUAAUGAUGGCGUAAAAAUUGCAUCCAUGGAUUCUGCCCGUGGGGUUAUUACAAUGUCUAAAAAUGUAGUAUUGCUUGGGAAACCCAGGAAUUCCAAGGAAUUAAUACACCUAAUAGGUCGCGCAGUCCACAAUGGGGAUGGUGGCAAAUGUACAAUAAUAGGACAACAAAAUGAUAUAGAUUGCGUAGUUAAGUACUGUAGCCUGAUUAAUAAAAACAUUGCUGGUGUACCCUAA